UGUUAAGUUUAAGCACAAUGGCUCCUGUAGAUAACUCUCCGACGAGCAACAUGGGUGGAUUUGAAUUGAUUUGUUCAUCAAAAUCAAACGAUACCAUUCCCGUCCACAAGUACAAGUCAACAAGAACCGGAAUAACUGUUUGUAUCGGAGAAGUCGACGGCCCCAUCGUCGGAGGAAACUUCUGUCUGGCAACUCAAGCGUUUGAUGACGAUGGACUGCCCCAUACUCUGGAGCACCUCAUUUUUUUGGGCAGCGAGGAUUAUCCUUACAAAGGAGUCCUGGAUCUUCUGGGCAACAGAUGUCUCGCAUCAGGGACAAAUGCCUGGACUGAUCGCGACCACACCAACUACACCAUGACUACUGUUGGCAGCGAGGGAUUUUUGACUCUCAUGCCCAUUUAUCUAGAUCAUGUUCUCUUCCCAAAUUUGAAAGACUCGGCAUAUUUGACUGAAGUUCAUUAUAUAUCAGGGGAAGGUGAAGAUCGCGGUGUCGUCUACUGCGAGAUGCAGAGCACCGAGAACACCGGGAAAACUUUGUCGAACACUGAACUGAUCCGCGCAAUUUAUCCAGGAAAAUGCGGAUACAAAUCAGUAACCGGGGGUAUAAUGAAGAACUUGCGCGAGAGUACGAACAAUGAAAAAGUCCGUGAGUUCCACCGGCAAUUCUACCGGCCAGAGAACUUGACAAUAAUAAUAACCGGUCAAAUUCAGCACGCAGAAGUUUUCAAAGCUCUGCGUCCGGUUGAAGAAAAAAUUCUGUCUAAAGGAAGUCGCGGUACAUUUGAUCGCCCGUGGCACGAACCAGUUCCCCCAUUGACGGAAAGUGUCGUCCGCGACAUUUUGUACCCAUGCGACGACGAGGACAAUGGGAUAGUCAGCGUGGGGUGGCGCGGGCCUUCGGGAAUAACAGAAAUAUAUGAACUGACGGCCUGUUCUCUGCUGCUAAAGUAUCUGACCGACAAUUCCGUCAGCCCGAUCCAGAAAGAGUUUGUUGAAAUCGACGAUCCUUAUUGUUGCAACGUCGAUUAUUAUUUGAACGAAAACUCCGAGUCUAUGCUGCAGCUGACGUUCAGCGGCGUUCCUAUUCCCAAAAUUCCAUUGGUGAAAAACCACUUGGCCAAAGUUAUCAAUGACGUUUAUCAGAGCAACGAAAUAGACGGAAUAGACAUGCCGCGGAUGGCUACGGUGAUCCAUCGCCACCAAUUGGAAACUCUGAGCAGCCUGGAGAAUAUGCCGCAUGAUGCCAUCACUUACAUGCUGAUAGGGGACGCGCUCUAUGGCCGCAACGUCCAGGAUCUAGAGCAGCGACUCAACACAAUCGACGAUCUUAAGAAACUGGCAAAAGAACCCGCGAGUUUCUGGUUGAAUCUUCUCAAGAAGUAUCUGAUCGACGCACCCUCGGCGGUGAUAAACGCGACGCCGAGCAUCGCCAAGCAAAAGGAAAUGGAAGAGCAGGAGAAGAAGCGUAUCGCCGAAAGAAUAAAGCAGCUGGGCAAAGAAGGCCUGGAGCAGAAGGAAAAGGAGUACUUGGAAGCGGUCAAGCAGAAUGAUGCCCCCAUUCCAGAUCAAGUUCUCAGCGGGGUUCCAGUUCCAGGAACGGACUCCAUCAACUUCCAUCACGUGAGAAGCUACACCACGGGGGCAGGUGACCAGCAUCCGAGACUUGAUGUCAACAAACUGUCUCUCUUUACGUACUUGGAUCACGUAAAUACAAAUUUCGUUUACCUGUUCGUGGUGAUGGACACUUCGAAGGUUUCAAAGGAAGCCAGGCCCUACAUGCCCCUGAUUCUCGAGGCCAUUGGAGAGUGUCCUAUCAAUAGAGACGGAGAGCUGGUGCCGUACGAAGAUGUCGUUGCGGAAAUAGAGGCUGACACUAUUGCCGUCAGCACGAGAAUGGGACUGGACAGUCCGUCCAGAUUUUCUUGUGGUGCUUACAGUCACAGCGUCAACUUAAUGCUGCAGCUCGAAAUGUCAAAGUAUCCAAAAGGUGUCCAAUGGAUAAAAGAACUGCUGUAUGACACCAAAUUCACACCGGAACGGUUGAAAAUAAUCGCAUCGAAAUUACUCAACGAAAUAACCCAGUGCAAAAAAGCUGGCAACAAAAUCACUGGCGAUUUGAUGAGGGGAAUGAUUUACAACAAAGAGAGCAAUCACUUCAACUCGAGCAUGCUGAGGCAGCAGCAGUUUUUGACUAAACUAGUCGGCAGGUUGGGAACACCCCAAGGACAAGCGGAAGUCGUCGCUGAAAUAGAAGCGGUUAUGAAAAUUCUGACAGCUAAAGACAACAUGGUUCUGUUUAUGGCAACAAAUGUUGAUAAAUUGAGCGCUCAGGUUUCGGAGCUUUACAAGCCCUGGUGGACUUUCUUUACCUUUGAUAAAUUCGAUACCUUUGAUAAAAAUAAGUUGAAUGUGACUCCCGAUUGGAAACUGAUGGUACCGAGAGAGGAAAUACCAAUAGAAGGCUGUGUCCUAGGACUUGGUUGCGUUGAGUCUGCGUAUUUAUCACAAACUGGACCCUGUCUCAACGAUUUCGAGAGCUCGGACUUGGCUCCACUGCUAGUUUGCCUUCAAUACUUGACUCAAGUUGAGGGGCCAAUGUGGAGACAAGUAAGAGGACAAGGGUUCGCAUACGGCUGCAAUAUCUACGCGAAACCAAAUGAGGGGUUGCUGUACUUGACAUUUUACGCGUCAACGGACCUCGUCGGUGCCUACAAGGAAACAAAAGCCAUCGUUAGCAAUCUGAUUGCUGAUAAUUCCUGGGAGCGACUACUCUACGACUCGGCAAAGUCGUCUUUGAUAUUUGAAAUCGUCGAGAGAGAAAAAAGCGUCGGGGACGCAGUCUCCCAAUCACUCUUAUCGUACUUUAAAAAUGUUUUCCAUGAUUACAAUCGCUCGAUGGUACAAAAAAUCUAUACCGUCGGCAUUAAAGAUUUGAAUCGAGUAGCUAAUAAAUAUAUAAAGCCGCUUUUUGAUCCCAAACAAUGCAAAACUGCGAUCGUUUGCCAUCCCUCUAAGGUCACGGAAAUCGCCGAGGCGUUCAAGGGCUUUAGCCAGAAUCUGAAAUUCUUCAAUACACUGGAAAAUAGUUACCUCAAUGAUUGGUGAAUUUUCUUAUUUUUUUAAUAAAUUUUUUAUUAAACAGAUGCCUAAUUUUAGGGGAAAAAAUUAAAUCUCUACUUGCAGUGUUGAGUACAAAAUAAUGUGGAUUUAGUAAAUAUAUAUAAAUUUCUACGCAUUUUUUUUUUGUAAGUUACCGUGGAAAAUUAAUAAAUAUAUCUUAUUGAAUGGCUUAAAAGGUGUUUUGCAGAUAAAUAUUUUAAUGGAAUUUUUUAACACAUUUUUCAAUAAUAAUAAUAUUAUAAAAUAUCUUGAUUGUCAUAAGAAAAUCAAUAAAAUACUUUUUAAA